AUGAGUGGAGGAAGAGUUUCGAAGACAUUAGAUGCAAAUAAAGGAAAGAUUGGAGGCUGGGUUGCAAAGAAGUUAAGAUUAAAUAAAAUAGGGCUCAUAAAUAAAGCAUCCAAUUUGGUUGCGACUGAGUCAGAAAAUGCUUUAGGAAAGGACGAUGAGUUUGCAAAACAUGCAAAAGACUUUAAUGACCAGAUGAAAGGUGAAACAAUGCAUUUAAAUAGAGUCGAUGGAACUCUUCCUCCACCAGCAGUUCUUCCGUAUGGUCCCUAUGGAAUGUAUGGAAACCCUUACGAAAGACCAUUUGACCCAUUGACUGGUGGAAGUAACUGGUAUCAUUACGGACGAAGAAGAAAGACAGUCAAGUUGGAGACAGACGUGAAGAAAGCAACUAAAAAGAAACCAAGGAAGAGAGUUAUAAAGCAAUGA